AUGUCGGACAUCAAGAAGGAUACGGUCGAGAGCCCAGUUAUGAUUGAGAACACGGGCAAGCAGGACCUCUACUCGAUCUCGAGCGGCGUCGGCUCUGGGGUUAGUGAAGCCCCGGCGCGUGGUAUUGAUGCAGAGGUCGCAAACUUCUUCGCCGAACAGACCGCGACGACGCGUGUGGUCAUCGAUGAGAAGGAGAACAAGCGUCUCCGGUGGAUGGUGCACAAGCGUGUGCUGGUCGUCAUGGUGGUGACCUAUUUUGCGCAAACACUCGAUAAGGGUACCAUCAACUUUGCCUCGAUUAUGGGUAUUGUCGAAGAUACACACCUAGUCGGUCAGCAAUACUCGUGGCUUACUACUUGUGUCUACCUCGCCAUUCUGGCAUGGGAGUUCCCGGCGAAUCGUCUGCUGCAAACCUUGCCUCUUGCCAAAUUCCUAUCGUUCAACAUUACUGCGUGGGGUAUCGUCCUUGCAUGCACCGCUGCCUGCAAGAAUUUUACCGGUCUCGUCAUCGUUCGCACUCUACUUGGCAUAUUUGAAUGCGUGUGUCAGCCCGCCUUCGUCUUUCUCUCUACGAUGUGGUACAAGCGCGACGAGCAGGCUCUCAUCAUUGGAGCCUUCUACUCAAUGAAUGGAUUCCAGCAGUGCGUCGGCGGCCUCAUCGCCUACGGUAUUGCACAGAUCCAGCAUGCUGCGAUCAAGAACUGGCAGAUCCUUUUCACCCUGCUCGGUUGCAUCACCGCCAUGUGGGGCAUCUUCGUGGGCUUCUGGCUUCCGGACAGUCCAAUGCGCGCCACGUGUUGGUCUGUUGAAGACAGGCAUCUUAUUGCGGAACGCGUGCGCGAGAAUGAGACGGGUUUGCAGAACAAGAAGUUCAAGUGGUAUCAAGCUCGCGAGGCGCUCACUGAUCCUACUGUCUGGAUAGUGACGUUGAUCUCCUUUACGAACGGUAUGCCUCCGGGUGGCUUAGGUGCCUUCUCGAACCUCAUCAUCAAGGCUUUCGGCUACACAACCUUGCAAACGUAUCUGCUGGCCAUCGCGCAAGGCUCCAUCAUCAUGGCGUGGCUCUUCAGUGCCGCGUACCUCGACCGCCGGUACAAGCAGAAGCUUCUUAUUGAGGCCAUCUACACGAUACCCGCUAUUGUGGGCACGAUCGUCUUCCUGACUGUCAAGACCAGCGAAUCUACUAAAGUCGGGCUGCUGAUUGCAUUCUACUUGAUGCAAGGCUUCGGCGCCGUUGCUGCCCUCAACCUCUCCUGCAUGUCUAACAAUGUAGCGGGCCGCACGAAGCAAGUGGUCGCUUCUUCUAUGGUCUUUAUCGCCUGGGCUACGGGUAACGCAAUCGGACCGCAGGUUUUUCAAGCGAACGACGCUCCCCACUAUAUCAAGGCGUUCAUCGCACAUCUCGUCGUCUACUGCGUCCAGGUCGUCGCAAUCAUCAUCCUUCGCCUGCGCCUCAUGCGCCUUAACCAGCUGAAGCGCCGCGCACAGAACCAAGCCAAGACCGCUGAUGUCGGCGGCACUGUUGUAGAAGAGCACAUCGAGCACAAGCACGCGUUCGAUGAUCUCACGGACAAGGAGAACCCUGAUUUCCGAUACACUUAUUGA